CAAUUAAAAGCAAAAGAAGUUUUACUUACAGAAGAAACCUUAUUCACACAGAGUAUAGAGAAUAUGGGCCUUGAAAUACUACCUAAAGUAAGAAAUGAUGCUGUUAGAAAAGUCGAAAAAGUACAAGAAAGUGCUAAAAGAAGACAUGAUCAAGACUUACAGCAUAUAGAAGAAUUUAAAAAGGGUGACUUAGUAUUAGUUUAUAAGGCUUCUCAACAACAUUCUAAAA